AUGUAACAAUAAUAUUAAUAGACAUGCAGGGGAAAGGAGUCCGCUCCGCCUUGCUGACGAAGCGGAUGGCACGAUCUGACCCCCCAGCCUUUUAAAGACUCACCCACUCCUCCCAGGUUGUAUCAGCUCACAUACCACUUCUCACACCUGGUUACUUCUCCUUUUCCCUCUCAAGAUACCUCCCACUGCCAGGCUCCGGUCUGUACUUGUCGUGAUGACCGCAUGGCUUGCCGCAACUCUCUUUAUCUCUGAAACCCAAUAGCCGCAGUCGCCACCGGUUCUCCUAACGGCAUCGAGGAAAAAAUAACCGAAAUCUAUCAUAUUUAACGACCCAGUUACGAAACGACUCAGUUACGAAUGGAAGACCCAUUUUCUAUGGGCUCCUUGCCUGGCACCCCAACCUCGGAGGUGCUACCGCUGACUAUCUCACCCUCGGCCACCUCUCUGGGACCUGAUGAGAAGCCAGCUGAGAAAAAGGAGGAGAAGAAACCAGCCAAGAAGAGAAAGUCAUGGGGCCAGGAGCUACCAACGCCAAAGACAAACUUACCACCAAGGUAUGUUAGAAAGAGAGGAAGUACAACGCAUGUCUAACAUUUCCUAGGAAACGAGCCAAGACUGAGGAUGAGAAGGAACAGCGUCGCAUUGAGCGUGUUCUCCGAAAUCGUGCAGCAGCUCAGACCUCGCGUGAGCGGAAGAGGCUUGAGAUGGAGAAGUUAGAGAAUGAGAAAGUUGUGAUUGAACAACAAAACCAGUUUCUCCUGCAACGCUUGGCCCAGAUGGAGGCUGAGAACAAUCGCCUUAGCCAGCAAGUCGCUCGGUUGUCUGCAGAGAUCCAUGGGUCUUCAAGUUCUCAGGUCUCUGAUUCACCGACGCUCACAGCAACCCUGUUCAAACAAGAUGAUGAUAUUCCUUUGGAACGGGUUCCCUUUCCUACACCAUCCGACUCGCCUAUUAUCCACCCCUCUUCUCUGGCUGAGUCCUCCGACAUGACACAACAUCCUGCAGCGGUGUUGUGUGACCUGCAGUGUCAGUCGCUGGACUCGAAGGAGAAGAGAGCGGCCUUUCAGGCCUUCAAUCUUAUGUUGCAGAUGACGUUGCAGCUCCUCUUUCUGAUGAUGACUUCCACCGCCUAUUCAACAGUGAUUCAUCCACUACUCCAGAAUCUUCAUUCCCUGAAGAUGUAUUCAUCUUUGACAUCCUCGACGGAGAUCUACCAGCCUUUUCCUUUGAUUCUCUCGUUGAUUUCAACCCCGAAGAACCGACCCAGUGUCCUCCGGACGAGGCUUCUCACGAGACUUCUGGCGUGCAGCCCAGCCCUGGCGCGUCCACUUCGCGAUGCGACGGGCAAGGCCUUGCAGCUAGCUGUCAAUAAGCACUUCUCCCAGUAUGGCAUGGAAGGUAUAACGGGGUUACAAGGAGUUCACGGAGUUCAGGGAGCGAGACUUCUGACGUCUAUGUUGAUGGGAGAGCGUUGGGGAUUAUGUUUUAGCGCUCGAGGCACUUGUUAGUUAAUCAUCUGAUGACACUGGUUCAUUUUUCUCCGUACUGCAAUUCGUGGCUAUCGUAGUUCAGCUUGCCGAAUAUUUCGUUUCGCAGGUGAAAAAUCCUAGGCAUCACCAAACUUCCGAAGUUCGCAUAGGGAAUCAAUUCCCUUAUUAGCUAUUAGCAAGUGCUCAUAUCUUACGUUCAGGAUUCAUAUUUGUAGUAGGAAAUAGUAGUGGACGCAGUUGAAA